GUCAUCCGAACUUCUUUCGUGUUUACUGACAUGUUUCUUGAAUUUUAUUUUUGUUUUCAGUCAUCCUUUUGUAUGAUCAAUUUUUGUUGCUUAUAGGCUUCUGGUUAGCGUUAAUUAACGUGAAGGAAUCUUCUCUUUCUUUCUAAACGUCAUCAUAUGUUUUCUAUAUAGAUAAAAUCAAAUUUGUAUAUAAUUCUUUUUUACCCAAAGUCUCUUGUAAAUUUUUGGGGUUUCUACGCUUUAAUGUUUAGCAAUGGCGCAAUGGGCAACUUCGCCAGUUGUACUAAAUUAGAGGCUGGAUCAUCGAAUCAGCAGCAGCAACAAGUAUUUAAGUUCCCAUUUCUAUCUUUAGUCCUCUCCUCCAGGUUUUGGGUACUGCUCAUGGCAUGGUAGUGUUGAUAAUUUAGAGAAAAGAAGAAGGCUAAUUCUUAUAUGACUAUAGUAGAAGAGGAGUAAAUUAGUAAUGGUAAUAAUUCGACAGAAAUUUUGUGAGUUCAGAAAUCUGCUGCGAAGAGAACAUGGUUUAAGUGAAAAUUGAGAAAAACGUGAUUUUCUAGGAGAUGAAGUGAGAUGCUGAAACUGGGCGAGUUAUAUACCUCAAACUGAUAGGGAAUAUUAGGAACCCCUAUAGGUAAAUAGAAGUUGGGUUGGUUGGUCAACUCAGCUUCACAAUAAGUGUGAGUGUGUGAACUGUGUUUGGUCUGCUACUCAGUGUUCACAUAACUAGAUAGUUACCAAAUAAAGAACAAGAUGGAGGGAGGGUUACCUGCGGAAGAAAUUGUAGGAAUGAUUUGAGGCAUGGGCACAUAUAUCUUUCAACAUCGAAUCCGAACCUGUAGUUGAAAGGGGAGAGCUCCAAUGGAAACUAGUGUAAUGUAGUUAAGCAAGAGAUGCUAUUAGUCUCUUCGUAAAAGAGCAGACAAGUGUAACUGGCAUAUGGAAAAGAAACACAAGGAGUGUCUCGACAGGGGUUGGUUGGCGAGCUGUGCAGGUGUCUUUUUUUAUUUAUAAAAAACAUGCUGGUGUAGGAGGAAGAGCUUGAACUUAAAACACUUCCUUUUGUACUCCACUUCUUUUUUAUAGUGCUCUUAAAAGCAUUAAACGGAUCUUGGUGGGUGAGUGGCCUUCUAAGUUCUAAUGCUUGAUUCCCUAAGUGGAGAUUAAACAAACACUUAAGCAAAACAAAAACCGGGUUUAAUUAAAUAUGUUGAAUAUAAUUAUUUUAGAUUAUGUAGCGUAUGAGAUUAACAUGUUAAUACAAACAAUUUUCUAAGUGACUAAUUUAAUUGUUUCAUUGAGAAAAGACUGGAAAGGUACUCCCAAGUUGAGGAGUCAAUUAGUCAUUGGUUAACUUUCACAAAUGUUUAAUUCAACAAUUAGUUGCUAAUUAAAGCUGUUGGAGAUGUUUAAAUAACCAAUCGAAGUGGUGGGUGAACGCUUAAUGCCUACACAACCGUUUAGGUGGUCCUAAGUGGGGAUUCUAAGAACGCUGCUUUCUUCCAUAUACACGUCAAUUCCCCUAUAGUUUGUAGAGCAAUGUCUAACAUCAUGAAGUGAGGUUAGUCAUCAUGUGACAUGUCUCUCUGUUCCACCUGUGUUCUUUAAUGUGGGGGUUCCAAUCAGAAAAGGUAUUUUUGGAUGGUCCCUAUACUUAACUCCUGAUUCCAGUACUGUUUGUUCAUGUCCAUUUGACAAAGGAGAUCACACUCAUGGAAAAGAAUGAAGAAUCAGAUAGCCCAGGUUGGGGUGCUUCAUAUUUCAUGCAGACUACUGAAGAUGUUGCGAGAGCUGUCCUGGCUGCGGCAACAGCAGCUAGCUCUGCUCCUUCACGACCGUCGGUUGUAUACUCAUCAAAAGAGGACAGUGGAAGCCAUCUUCAAAAGCUUCAAAAUCAAGUUUUCAAAGUACUGAAAGGCUUAUCCUAUCCUACUGAAGAGAAAAGAACCUACAACCCAGAAGUAUUAACCAGCCAAAAGCGUCAAUGGGCAAGUUUCCAAUUGCAGGCCCUGCAUCGCAGGAUACUGAAAGAACCAUCAAGGCUCUUUGAGAGUAUGGUAGUGGUUGGACUUCAUCCUAACUGUGAUAUUCAAUCACUCGAGGAGCAGUAUUUCGGCAGAAGAUCAGAAGGUUCAGGAAGGUUGCAAAGUCCAAUCAAUGUUCAGCGUCAGUCAGCGUCCACAGUAGAAAAUAUUGAGCCUCAGGUUCUGUUUGUAUACCCUCCGGAUAAACAGCUACCUUUGAAGUACAGGGAUCUCCUUUCAUUCUGCUUUCCUGGUGGACUGGAGGUAAAUGCAGUUGAAAGAACUCCAUCUAUGAGCGAACUGAAUGAAAUACUUCUUGGACAGGAUCACCUUAAACAAAGUGACCUCUCCUUUGUCUUCAGGCUACAGGGUGCAGAUGAUUCAAUUCUAUAUGGUUGCUGUUUAGUAGCUGAUGAAUUGGUGCAAAAACCGUCUAGAUUAAUUUCCAUGAUGUCAGAUGGACAACCUGUUCGCCCAGCUUUGAGUCGCCACAUUUUAACAACUCGCCGAUGUUACUGCAUUCUUUCAAGGCUUCCAUUAUUUGAUCUGCAUUUUGGCGUGUUGAAUAGCAUCUUCACUGAAGAAAGGUUGGAACGGUUAACACAAAGUAUCGGUGACUUAGAUCUUGAGUGUAAAUUACUGCAUGACAACGAAGUAUAUUUAGAAGACAAAACUAAUGGUAUUUCAGCUGAACUUGGAGCUCAAGGAAUGCAGCAUCGAACCACAGAGACUGUCCAAUUAAGUGGGCGCAAUUCUACCACUGAAACUGCUACAGGUGAUCGCAGAGCUGAUGAGGAGUAUCAAUCCCUUAUGGUAGACUCUCUAUCGUCAGACAAAGGCGCCAGUGAUGUACCUGCAGACCCUUCAAUAAUAACGGAUUCUUCUAAGCAAGAAUCCAUAGCUGCUGAACCAAUCUCUAAUUAUUGUGAUAGUCCUGUUUAUGACAUGGUUGGCAACAAUCAACCAACUCAAAGGCAUAUACCAAAUGCAAUAUUGCCUCUUCUACGAUAUCAACAGUAUGAUAGCUCAGAAUCUUCCUCAAGUUUUCAGGGCUCACCUUGUGAUGAUAGAAACUUUCGGAGUGAGCUUGAUUUGGCAGAAAUGGAGGUGACAUCUUUCUCUAGCCAAGAAGAUAACGAACAUGACGAGAUUCUUGAUUGGGCCAAGGCGAACGAUCAUGGUUCCUUGCAGAUAAUAUGUGAGUAUUACCGAUUACGUCUCCCUGCAAGAGGCUCAACAGUCAGGUUCCACCCUCUGGAGCACCUUCAUCCUUUGGAAUUUCAUAGACCCGAUGAAACACUUUUACAUAUUGCUGGUUCGGCAAUUGAUUUCAUGUCAUGCAGCACUAGUUUUGAAUUAGCAGAGGCUCACAAUGCACUUGCAGUGGAGGAGGAGGCAACUGCUUUGUCAGUAUGGGCAAUUGCAUGCUUGUGCGGCUCCUUGCGUCUCGAGCAUGUCUUAACGAUAUUUGCGGGUGCUCUGCUGGAGAAGCAAAUUGUGUUUGUAUGCUCUAAUCUGGGAAUAUUGUCUGCUUCAGUGUUGGCAAUUAUCCCACUGAUUCGUCCCUACCACUGGCAGAGCUUCUUAAUGCCGGUGUUGCCAAAUGAUAUGCUGGACUUCUUGGAUGCACCUGUUCCAUUUGUCGUUGGUGUGAAACACAAAACUGCUGAAGUACAAUCCAAGUCAGCAAAUGUUAUUUUCGUUGAUGCCAACAAGAAGCAAGUAAAAUCAUCGUCAAUACCACAUUUACCCCAGCACAAGGCAUUAUUUACUGCCUUAAGCCCAUACCACGCCCAACUUGUGGGAGAAAGUUAUUUAGGGAGAAGAAGACCGGUUUAUGAUUGCAGUGAUGUACAGGUGGAAGCUGCAAAGGGAUUCCUCAGGGUAUUACGAUCUUAUUUGGAUUCUCUUUGUUCCAACCUACGUUCUCACACGAUUACAAAUGUUCAGUCCAAUGAUGAUAAGGUAUCUUUGCUUUUAAAGGAAAGUUUCAUCGAGUCCUUUCCAAGUCGUGAUCGACCUUUUAUGAAGCAAGCAAAGCAAUGCUGGAUGGAAAGGCAUUUUCAGCAUGAUGAGGAUUUAAUUUCUGUUACAACUGAAGAUGUGGAAUUUGGUUAGUCCCCUAACAAUGAUAUUAUCUUCAUAACCAAAGUUUCUCUUUGCAGCUUAUAAGUUAUUUGCUUAAGCCGAUAUCAGAAGCUGGAGGAUUUAUUCUCUCCUUUGUGGUUUCUUUUCAGGUACAUGUACUAUUGUGACAGUUUUUAUGCUAGUUGUCUUGUUAAUGACGACACUGCCCUUCUGCCACUUUCCUCCAAAAGGACAAGAUGCCAUUGAUGCUACCCGAGAGAGUAAGGAACCUUGUUAGUGGUCAGUAGGCCAGAUGAACAGGGCCAUCUCAGAAUCUGUGAUAGUAUGAGCUAAUCUUGGUAUUUCAUUUGUUUCAUAUUUAGUAACUGCAUUUUGGAUGAUAAAUGCUGGAUGUCAUGAAUGUGAAUUUCCCAUAUUAACCCCGAGAUAGUUGAAUGGUUACACGUGUCUAACUUCCUAUUGAAUCUGUGGUUAUGUUGCAGGAAUAUGUUUGUUGUAUCAGUACCAAAUUCCACGCUCAUAAGUGUAUUGGUAGUUAUAUGGCAUAAGCAUACCAUCAAUAUAUGAUUGUAUUUUUGAAACAUUGAGUUAUGAUUUCGUUAAUAAAGACAUUGGCGGUUGUACUAUACAAACAUGCCGUUGCAUUCAUAAAGAUUUUCUUGCUUCAAAUAAUUUGUGAUAUGUGUAGCAUUAUUUUCCUAAAAUCAUCUAUCAGAGCUCUAUCUUGCUAAAUAUGAGGCUCUUUCUACAGUGAAGGUAUUUGGAUCUUGUUUAAAAAUCUUCAUAUCUGGUGGGGCCCAAAGCACUAAUGCUAAUUGAAUUCAGUUUCAGAGCAUAGUGACACUGAUUCAACCAUUCCUGAAAGCCUUCUGUUAUAUCAGUGAGUUCUCGUGUCCCCAAUGCUCUUUUAGAUGAUUUUUUUAAUUAUUACUAACAUGGGGUAUGCCUUCACAAUUCUUUAAAAAGUUAUCCACAAAGAUAAAUUCAUAUUGUUUUUUAAUCUUUUAUUUAAAAGGGUCAUGCUGGUGCAUCAAGGAUAGGAUCUUCAGUUGCAUAUUGCAAAUUUCAAGAUUCUAUCAGGUAAUCAUCUGUUCACAAACCACUAAUCUUUCUAGUUGCUUCAAAGCUUGCCUCUUAUACUUGUUUUAAUUAUUUUUAUGGAUUAAACCCACACCUGAUAACUGAGAUAGAGGGUGGUACUAUGUUAGCUUUAAAGUGGAGUAUGCUUGGUUGGGUAUGUCAGUUAUGCAGAAAUGGAAACUGGACAGUGGGGCCACUGAGUGAGGUUAAAAAAUGUACCUAGAGAUUUGGAGGUAAGAAAAUUUGGGACUUUAAUGAGAGACCUCCAAAUGAGUAGGGCAGUUGUCAGUAGAGUCAUGAAUGUGAAUUUACUUUUGGAUGUGUGCUGAAAGAAAUAAUUGAGGCUUUUUGUGCCCUGCUACCUAAUGCUUUGGGAAGCUUUAGAAAGAGGCAAUUUAUUAAAUGAAAGCACCUCAGAGACGUGGUGAG